AUGACGGCGUCCUCGACUACGGAAAGCUGCCUGCCGCCCCCGGGCGAGCUGCCUGCCGCCCCCGGGCGAGCUGCCUGCCGCCCCCGGGCGAGCUGCCUGCCGCCCCCGGGCGAGCUGCCUGCCGCCCCCGGGCGAGCUGCCUGCCGCCCCCGGGCGAGCUGCCUGCCGCCCCCGGGCGAGCUGCCUGCCGCCCCCGGGCGAGCUGCCUGCCGCCCCCGGGCGAGCUGCCUGCCGCCCCCGGGCGAGCUGCCUGCCGCCCCCGGGCGAGCUGCCUGCCGCCCCCGGGCGAGCUGCCUGCCGCCCCCGGGCGAGCUGCCUGCCGCCCCCGGGCGAGCUGCCUGCCGCCCCCGGGCGAGCUGCCUGCCGCCCCCGGGCGAGCUGCCUGCCGCCCCCGGGCGAGCUGCCUGCCGCCCCCGGGCGAGCUGCCUGCCGCCCCCGGGCGAGCUGCCUGCCGCCCCCGGGCGAGCUGCCUGCCGCCCCCGGGCGAGCUGCCUGCCCAAAUUAGACACUUGA